CUUUUGCCACGUGGCUUCUCGGAAAAAAUGAGAAUAUUCAAGAAAAACUUGCCAAUGAACUGAAAACCCUUCCCGAUCAUCAAAAAACGAAUGACUACUAUGAUCAGGUGAUGACUCUACCCUAUCUAAACGCCGUCUACAAAGAGGCGCUCCGACUCUACCCGCCGAUCACAUUUUUCGUCAAUCGAACCUGUGUUGCCGAGUGCGAGGUGGGCGGUGUGCGGUACGAGAAAGGCACCCAGGUGGGCAUCCCGAUUUGGAAUGUGCACCGAAAUGCUGAAUUCUGGCCUGAGCCCGACGAGUUUCGUCCGGAAAGGUUGGCUCGCCUGUACAGCUUCUUCUUGCCAAAUCUUGAGCACAAC